CUUUUUGGCUCUUCAGCAAUAAAUUCAUUUAUUCAGCAAAAAAUGAAAAAUAAAUAAAUGAUGUGUGUUGAGAGAGAGCAGUUCUGUCUUUCCUCCAAGGAAAGAAUCGCCAAACUGCUCUUUCUGUGAACUCAUGCCAGGGUCUCAGCAAGACCCAAGGCGAGCAGGAAGCCCAGCCCAGUCCCCCUGCAGCAUCUCCUGUGGGGAGGGCCGUGGACUCUGGCAACAACAGAGCUGGUUCUGGUCUCUGCCCUACUACUGCCUGGCCUGGGGACCUGGAUGACCCUGCUGACCAUUUCCUGUCUCCAUUUCCUCUUCAGUAAAUGCAGGGGCUGUGCCAGCAAAAGCACUCCUGUAGCAGAAACUCUUUUUCACCUUCCCCUGUCUUAGGAAGGCGAUCAGUGGGAAGUCCGGAUUGGAUCUCCCGCCACACACAUCAGAGCAUCAGGAAGGAGAUGCGGCUAGUAUUGGCCCUUUUGGGGGUCCUUCUGUGGGCGCCUGGAGUGCUGGCGUUGGCCCUUGAAGCCUCUGAGGAAACAGAGCUGGAGCCCUGCUUGGCCUCUAGUCUGGAGAAGCAAGAGCAGGAACUGCUGGUGGCUGUCGGACAAGCUGUGCGGCUGUGCUGUGGGCAGGCUGAGCGUGGUGGCCACUGGUACAAAGAGGGCAGUCGCUUGGCACCUGCUGGCCGGGUACGGGGCUGGAGGGGCCGCCUGGAGAUUGCCAGCUUCCUGCCUGAGGAUGCCGGCCACUACUUCUGCUUGGCCCGUGGGUCCAUGACCGUCCUGCACAAUCUCACCUUGCUUGCAGAUGUAGACUCCUUGACCCUCAGCAAUGAUGAUGAGGACCCAAAAGCCCCUGAGGACUCCUCAAACGGCCAUGUCUACCCCCAGCAAGCACCCUACUGGACACACCCCCAGCGCAUGGAGAAGAAACUGCACGCAGUGCCUGCUGGGAACACUGUCAAAUUCCGCUGCCCAGCUGCAGGCAAUCCCAUGCCCACCAUCAGCUGGCUCAAGGAUGGACAGACCUUUCACGGGGAGAAUCGCAUUGGUGGCAUUCGGCUGCGGCACCAGCAUUGGAGCCUGGUGAUGGAAAGUGUUGUGCCCUCUGACCGGGGCACCUACACCUGCAUCGUGGAGAACUCCGUGGGCAGCAUCCGCUACAGUUACCUGUUAGAUGUGCUGGAGCGGUCCCCGCACCGGCCCAUCCUGCAGGCGGGGCUCCCGGCCAACACUACGGCUGUGGCGGGCAGCGACGUGGAGCUGCUCUGCAAGGUGUACAGCGACGCACAGCCACACAUCCAGUGGCUGAAGCACAUUGUCAUCAACGGCAGCAGCUUUGGUGCAGAUGGUUUCCCCUACGUGCAAGUCCUAAAGACUGCAGACAUCAAUAGCUCAGAGGUGGAGGUCCUGUACCUGCGGAACGUGUCUGCUGAGGAUGCGGGCGAGUACACUUGCCUGGCUGGCAACUCCAUCGGCCUCUCUUACCAGUCAGCCUGGCUCACAGUGCUACCAGAGGAGGAUGUCACGUGGACAGCAGUGACACCAGGAAGCAAGUACACAGACAUCGUCCUGUAUGCUUCGGGCGCCUUCAUCUUGGCUGUGCUCUUACUGCUGGCUGGCCUGUGUCGGGGGCAGACCCUCCACGGCCGCCACCCACGCCAGCCUGCCACUGUGCAGAAGCUGUCUCGCUUCCCUUUGGCUCGUCAGUUCUCUCUGGAGUCUGGUUCCUCGGGCAAGUCAAGCUCAUCCUUGGUGCGGGGUGUCCGGCUGUCCUCCACGGGUCCUCCCUUGCUGGCUGGCCUUGUGAACUUGGACCUUCCUCUGGACCCACUGUGGGAGUUCCCUCGGGACAGGCUGGUGCUCGGAAAGCCACUGGGUGAGGGCUGCUUUGGGCAGGUGGUUCGAGCAGAGGCCUUCGGGAUGGACCCCGCCCAGCCAGACCAAACCAGCACUGUGGCUGUCAAGAUGCUCAAAGACAACGCCUCUGACAAGGACCUGGCAGACCUGGUCUCAGAGAUGGAAGUUAUGAAGCUGAUUGGCCGACACAAGAACAUCAUCAACCUGCUGGGUGUCUGCACCCAGGAAGGGCCUCUGUAUGUGAUCGUGGAGUGUGCUGCCAAGGGAAAUCUUCGCGAGUUCCUUCGGGCCCGGCGACCCCCAGGCCCUGACCUCAGCCCCGAUGGGCCACGGAGCAGCGAGGGUCCCCUGGCCUUCCCAGCCCUGGUCUCCUGCGCCUACCAGGUGGCCAGGGGCAUGCAGUACCUGGAGUCCCGCAAGUGCAUCCACAGGGACCUGGCUGCCCGCAAUGUGCUGGUGACCGAGGACAAUGUAAUGAAGAUCGCCGACUUCGGGCUGGCCCGCGGCGUCCACCACAUUGACUACUACAAGAAAACCAGCAACGGCCGCCUGCCUGUCAAGUGGAUGGCGCCUGAGGCCUUAUUUGACCGUGUAUACACACACCAGAGUGACGUGUGGUCUUUCGGCAUCCUGCUCUGGGAGAUUUUCACUCUUGGGGGAUCUCCGUACCCCGGCAUCCCUGUGGAGGAGCUGUUCUCACUGCUUCGAGAAGGACAUCGGAUGGACCGGCCCCCCAACUGCCCCGCAGAGCUGUACGGGCUGAUGCGUGAAUGCUGGCAUGCUGUACCGUCCCAGAGACCCACUUUCAAACAACUCGUGGAGGCCUUGGACAAAGUCCUGCUGGCUGUCUCUGAGGAGUACCUUGACCUGCGCCUGACCUUUGGCCCCUAUGCCCCUUCCAGCGGGGAUGCCAGCAGCACCUGCUCCUCCAGUGACUCUGUCUUCAGCCACGACCCCCUGCCACUCGGGCCAGCUCCCUUCCCCUUUCCCGGGGUGCAGACAGGAACUGGGGCAUGAGGUGGCCCUGGGCCUCCUGGCUCAGCUACAGGCUGGCGCAGUAUAACUUGGGCUGCUCCAGAUCUCUGCUUUGGGGAGACCUGCCCUUCGUCUCAGGGCUCCUCCAUGAAGCUCCCAGCUGCAGCCUUCAGUCCCCACCUCGCAGUUCGGAG